GUCACGCGUGUACUGCGCUGUGUGCAGGCAGCAAGAGGCGAGGUGAGGGGACGCAGAGAGGAGCACCAGCGGGGACUUUUGCUGCGUCGGGAACCGGCACGACCAGACUUUCCUCCCGCUCCAAAACCACCUCGGCUCCCUUUUAAAAAAGAAAAGAAAAAAGGGCGAGCAAACAACAGAAGAGGAGCCCACAUUUUUGAACGACUUCGCUUUGAAGUCUUCCGCCCAACCGUCGUGUGGAAGUGGGAAUAAACUAAGGACGUGGGACGGAGGAUGGCAUUUAAAGAAGGCAUUGUCAAGUAGUGAGUCGCUAUAUAUAUACAUAUAUAUAUAUAUAUGCAUUACGAAUGCCACUCGAAAGGUUUCGACUGCGGCCACGUUUGGUGAGGACAUGACAAGGGAGCUCUUUGAAGAAAUGUGCAAUGAUGACAUUUAAGCAGAGCGAAGUAACGUUAGCCUGCUAGCCCGCUAGCCGAGGAGCUAAGUGCUAACUAAGCCUGUGGAGGGGCGCUGGGGGCUUUUGUAGCAUUGCGGAGUCACCUCUUUUUUUUUUUCCUUUCUGGCCUUCCAGCAGGAAUGGAGAAGCCCGAAUGUCCGCCACAUCUACUCCGUGGGGACUGUUGAGACCGCGACGAGACGACAUUGUUGCCAAAUCUCGUCCGAGGCAACCCGGCUAUGUUCCGGGACUACUUUCCUGGUGUGACGUUAACACGGGCCGGCCAUGUAGUCUCACUAUGUGCAUCUCCGAUCCAGCACGGCGAUAAAGCCUCGUCCUCUUAGCUGAAAGUUGGUGAUUCCGGUUAUUUACAGGCCCGUUUUUGAGCGUUAUUUGUAUUCUAGUUCUUCUCCUCAUCAUUGACCCCCUGACUGGAGCGUACAAGCAUGUCUGGAGAGGUGCGUUUGAAGAAGCUGGAGAAACUGAUCCUGGACGGACCCAUCGAGUCCAAUGGCCAGUGUCUCAGCGUGGAAACAUUGCUGGACAUCCUGGUGUGUCUGUUCGACGAGUGCAACAACUCUCCACUCAGAAGAGAGAAGAAUAUCUCGGAGUUCCUGGAUUGGGCCAAACCCUUCACGUCCAAAGUGAAGCAGAUGCGCCUGCACAAAGAAGACUUUGAAAUCCUCAAAGUGAUUGGACGAGGAGCCUUUGGAGAGGUAGCGGUGGUCAAGGUGAAAAAUACGGACAAAGUGUUCGCCAUGAAAAUCCUCAACAAGUGGGAGAUGCUGAAGCGAGCCGAGACGGCGUGCUUUCGCGAGGAGAGAGAUGUGUUGGUGAACGGAGACUCCCAGUGGAUUACCACCCUCCACUAUGCCUUCCAGGAUGACAACAAUUUGUACCUCGUCAUGGACUACUAUGUGGGCGGGGACCUGCUGACCCUGCUCAGUAAAUUCGAGGACCGGCUGCCCGAGGAUAUGGCCAGAUUCUACCUGGCUGAAAUGGUGCUGGCCAUUGAGUCCAUUCAUCAGCUUCACUACGUUCACAGGGAUAUCAAACCUGACAACAUCCUUUUGGAUAGAAACGGCCACAUCCGCUUGGCUGACUUUGGUUCCUGCCUAAAACUCAUGGAGGAUGGAACGGUCCAGUCGUCCGUGGCUGUGGGAACCCCAGAUUAUAUCUCUCCAGAAAUCCUCCAGGCCAUGGAGGAUGGCAAGGGCAAGUACGGACCCGAGUGCGACUGGUGGUCCCUGGGCGUUUGCAUGUACGAAAUGCUGUACGGCGAAACUCCCUUCUAUGCGGAGUCCCUGGUUGAAACCUACGCCAAAAUCAUGAACCAUCAGGAGCGAUUCCAGUUCCCUCAGCAGAUUACGGAUGUCGUUUCAGAGGACGCCAAGGAUCUCAUACGUCGGCUCAUUUGCAGCCGGCAGUACCGACUAGGACAGAACGGGAUUGAAGACUACAAGCAACAUCCCUUCUUUUCUGGCAUCGACUGGGACAACAUCCGCUUGUGUGAGGCCCCCUACAUCCCCGAGGUCAGCAGUCCCACAGACACCUCCAACUUCGACGUGGACGACGACAGUCUCAAAAACUCGGAGACCAUGCCCCCACCUUCUCACACCGCCUUUUCUGGCCACCACUUCCCCUUUGUUGGCUUCACCUACACCAGUAAAUGCACCAUAUCUGACCGGGGUUGCCUGCGACAACUGUCCGGGGAAGCCAGCAAGGCAGGGCAGGACAAAGUGGACGUGGAGGUACAGCGCGGCUUGGACAACAGCCUGGCAGCAGAGGCUUACGAGAGGAGGAUCCAGCGCCUCGAACAGGAGAAAGUGGAGCUGAGCCGCAAAGUUCAAGAGACGACGCAGACCCUUCAGGCGCUUCAGCAUCCGACAGCUGAGAGUCCCUUCACUGCAAGCAAGGAGGUGGAGAUCAGGAGUCUGAAGACCGAGAUCGACUACCUCAAGAAGCAACUCGCUGACUCGGGCCAGUUGGACAAGCAGAGUGAAGACGUGACAUCGGCACAUCGGGAAGUGGAGGAAACAUCCAGACAUGUCAAGAUGUUAGAGAAGCAAUUGAAGACUCUGACAAAGGAGAGGGACGACCUGCACAAGGACUUUGUGGAAGUGGACGAGAAGUUGAAGUCUCAGUCAAAGGAUCUUAAAGAAGCGCAAGGCCAGAGAAAGCUAGUCAUGAAGGAGUUCUCGGACCUCAACGAGAUCCUCUCAGACCUCAGGUCGGAGAAGCAGCACCUGUGUCGCCAGCUCCGUGACAAGGAGGAGGAAGUGGAGAGUCAGAGUGGGAAAGUGGAGGGGCUGCGUCUUGAGGUGCGCAAGGCUGACAAGGCCCGGAAAGAGAUGGAGGCUCAGAUGGAGGAGCAGACUGCAGAGGCUGUGAAGGACAGGAAGCUGAAGGAUCGCAAUGAGCAGUACAGCCGGCAGCUGGAGGAGGAGCUGCAAGGGCUGAAGUCCAAACACGUCGGCCUGUCCGCCUUCCCGGCAUCUGCAGAGGCGAAGACGCUGGCGUACGAGGAGGAGCUGGUGCGUCGGGAGGCGCAGCACGGCACGGAACUGAAGGCCAUGCGCAAGGAGCUGCGUGACGGCGACAGCCAGCAGCUGGCCUUGAAGAAAGAAGUGCAGAUCCUGAAGGACAAACUGGAGAAGACUCGGAGAGAGAGUCAAAGUGAGCGGGAGGAGUUUGAGACGGACUACAAGCAAAAGUAUGAAAGAGAGAAAGUUCUGCUCACUGAAGAAAAUAAGAAACUUUCCAGUGAAUUGGAGAAGCUGACCAGCGUGUUGGACAAGGUGAGCGCCUCCAGUCGGCAGCUGGAGGAGCAAGUGAGAGAGCUGGCGGACAAGAAGGAGAGUGUCGCUCACUGGGAGGCCCAGAUCACAGAAAUCAUCCAGUGGGUGAGCGAUGAGAAGGAUGCUCGAGGAUACCUGCAGGCUUUGGCCACCAAGAUGACCGAGGAGCUGGAGGGCCUGAGAAACAGCAGCCUGGGAGCAAGAGCCACGGACAUGCCAUGGAAGAUGCGUCGCUUUGCCAAGUUGGACAUGUCGGCCCGCCUGGAGCUGCAGUCUGCUCUGGACGCGGAGAUCAGAGCCAAGCAGAGCAUUCAGGACGAGCUGAACAAAGUGAAGGCCAACAACAUCUCCACAGAAUGCAAACUGCAGGAUGUGGAGAGCAGGAACCAGGAGCUUCUCGCUGACGUCGACAGGCUGAAGAAGGAGACUGAGGAGCUGCGGCUGCGCAGAGGUGUCAAGCACCAAGAUUCCCAGAAUUCCUUCUUGGCUUUCCUCAACGCUCCCACGUCUACGCUGGACCAGUUUGACGACUCUUAUUCCUCCUCUUCAUCUUCUUUAAUUGAGUUUUGGGAAGACCGCUCGCCAUCCGCAGGGCCGGCUAGCAAAGGCAGACGUGUGGAAUCCAUGGACAACUUCACUCUCUCCAACACUCCAUCCCGGGAAGAUGAGCCCAAGUCCCGCCUCAAGACCCGCUCACGGUCACCCUCCACGGCCAGCGACAUGGAGCCCACGGAGUUGAUGGAUCAUUCUCCUCGUGCAGUGCAGACCCCCACCAUGCGCUCAGGAGGGUACGGCAGCAUUGGUCGGUCCUCCCCUAAGCCAAAAGCCCACCAGUUUGUGGUGAAGUCAUUCACCACGCCCACCAAGUGUAACCAGUGCACGUCCCUCAUGGUGGGACUCAUACGCCAAGGCUGCACCUGCGAAGUGUGCAACUUCUCCUGCCACGUGACGUGUGCAGACAAGGCUCCAGCUGUUUGUCCCGUACCACAAGAUCAGACCAAAGGGCCGCUGGGCAUCGACACCCAGAGGGGCAUUGGUACCGCCUACGAGGGCCACGUCAGGGUGCCCAAACCAACGGGGGUGAAGAAGGGCUGGCAGAGGGCAGUGGCGGUGGUGUGCGACUUCAAGCUCUUCCUCUAUGAGCUUGGUGAAGGCAAGACAACGCAGCCGAGUGUCGUCGUGAGCCAAGUCAUCGACAUGAGGGACGAAGAGUUUUCAGUCAGCUCCGUCCUGGCCUCUGACGUCAUCCACGCCAGCCGCAAAGACAUCUCCAGCAUAUUCCGCGUGACGGCGUCCCAGCUCUCCCCCACCAGCAGCCACAAGCCCUCCAUCUUGAUUCUGGCCGACAGCGACCAGGAGAGGAACAAGUGGGUGGGUCUCCUCAACGAGCUCCACCGCAUCCUCAAGAAGAACAAGCUGAAGGAGCGCUUCGUCUACGUGCCCAAGGAGGCGUACGACAGCACGCUGCCGCUCAUCAAGACCACGCAGUCUGCGGCCAUCAUAGAUCAUGAGCGUGUGGCCCUGGGCAACGAGGAGGGUCUUUAUGUGGUCCAUGUCACCAAAGACGAAAUCAUCCGUGUGGGCGACAACAAGAAGGUGCACCACAUCGACCUGAUCCCUCACGAGCAGCUGCUGGCCGUCAUCUCGGGCAGGAACCGCCACGUACGCCUCUUCCCCUCGCAGGCCUUGGACGGCCGCGAGAUCGAGUCCUACAAGCUGACCGAGACCAAGGGCUGCCAGACCGUGGUCUCUGGGCCCGUGCGAAACGGCUCGCUCACGUGUUUGUGUGUGGCCAUGAAGAGGCAGAUCAUAUGUUACGAGGUCAACAAGAGCAAGGCUCGUCACCGUCGUCUGCGGGAGCUUCAGGCUCCUGGGAUUGUCCAGUGGAUGGGUCUGCUUAACGAGCGCCUCUAUGUGGGCUAUCAGUCCGGCUUCGCUCGCUACAGUGUCCACGGGGACGUGUCUCCAGUCGUCCUGCUGCACCCCGAGGAUCACACCCUGGCCUUCAUCCCCCAGCAGAACCUGGACGCCCUGUGUGCCGUGGAGAUCUCCGGCAAGGAGUUGCUGCUGUGCUUCAGUGCCAUCGGAGUCUACGUGGACUCACAGGGUCGCAGGUCUCGUCAGCAGGAGCUCAUGUGGCCCGCAGUCCCCAACGCCGCCUGCUACAACGCUCCCUACCUGUCGGUGUACAGCGAGAACGCCGUGGACGUGUUUGACGUCAACACCAUGGACUGGAUUCAGACCAUUCCCCUCAAGAAGGUGCGCCCUUUGAAUGUCGAUGGCUCCUUGAACCUGCUGGGUCUGGAAACCGUGCGCCUCAUCUAUUUCAGAAACAAAACAGCUGAGGGCGACGAGCUGGUGGUGCCGGAGACGUCGGACAACAGCCGGAAGCAGAUGGUGCGCAGCAUGAACAGCAAGAGACGCUUCUCCUUCAGGGUGCCUGAGGAGGAGCGAAUCCAGCAGAGAAGGGAGAUGCUGAGGGACCCAGAGAUGAGGAACAAGCUGAUCUCCAACCCGACCAACUUUAACCACGUGGCUCACAUGGGACCAGGAGACGGGAUCCAGAUCCUCAAAGACCUCCCCAUGAACGUGCGCAUUCAGGAGACCCGCGGAGGAUUCAGCGGCUCGGUCAGCAUCCCGUCCAUCACCAAGAACCGAGCGGAGCCGGGCCGUUCCAUGAGCGCCAGCAGCGGACUGGGCAUACGCGCGUCCUCCCAGAACGGCAGCGCCCUCCGCAGGGAGCUGUCAGGCGGCAGCUACAGCUCCAAACGUCAGGCCAUGACCUCGCCCUCCGAGAGCUCCCUGUCCUCGGGCGGCGGCGUGGACUGUGGCGACGCCCCCCUGUCCCACUUUGACAGAGAGUGGCAGGCGGUCUCGCCGUCGGAGAAGACCCCCGAUCUGAAAAGGGCUUUAAGGACCCUGCUUAGUAAGAUGAAGGACUCGGACUCCCCACGUCACUCCACCGCCUCCAACAGCUCCACCUUCAGCAGCCCCCCCAGCCCCGCCUCCCCCCACAAGACCAAGUCCUUGUCCCUGGAGAGCUCGGAGCGCGUGGCCUGGGACACAUGAGCACACCUCGCAGGUUUCUUACUUGUACAUAACCAGCCUUUUGGCUUCCAGGGGACGAGAUUUUAAUUUAUUUAUCUUAGAGCAGAAAACGUUAGCUUCGCUUGUCGGCCCCGCGCAGACGGGUGGCGUCUAGACAGCCCCCCCCCUUCCAAAAAAACAAGUGUCACACUUUUAACAGCAAACGACCUCAUCGUCACGGCGCGUUCGCAUUGGUCCCCGUGGCAGUGACAUCAUCGCUCGCCAUGAUUCCUGUACAUAGGUAGAGAGUAAUAUAUGAGAAGGAUUUGUUUUUUAUUCAUGAGGAAGCCAUUUAAAAACUUUUUUAAAUUAAUUUUUAGAUUUUUUUUUUUUUAACCUUAUGACCCCUCCCUCCAUGGUUUGCAUUUGGACACGCACACACACACACACACACGCACAGAAGCCCGGGUGUGACAUUAACAAGCGCUGAUCGUGUUUUAGUAGCAAAAAAAAAAGUUUGUGACUUGAUUGACUUUCCUGCAGAGGAAUGUGGGCUUGAUUUGCUCGCUUAUGGAAUCAAAAAAAAAAAGGUGGAUGGCUAUAUUGGUCAAUUAUUAAAAAAAAGCUGUUCAUAUUUGUGACACUAGAGGGAAAUAUUCACUACACUUGAUUUUCAACACUAAUUCCACGUGUCAUGACUCUUGUGCCUAACCUGACACGUGGAACGUAACAUUUUGUACAUUUAAGAUUGCGCUAACAGGCUCAGGUUGUGUUUUUGGAUUGUCAACAUUUUAAGGCUGCGGUGCCCCCCCCCCCUUUCCCCCCCAAAUACUACAAAAAAAAAAUCACUCUUGCAUUUCACUUCUUUACAAUUCCUUCGAUAUUAUUUUGCUCUUCCAUAUCACACUUUGCUUUUUAUUGGUUUGCUUUGUAAUAAUUUGUACAGUUUUGCAUGUCCGAUGUAAUCAUUUGCUUGGUUUUUCUUUGGAUUUGCUUUUUUUUUCUUCUUCCUCCUUUGGGUGUUUGAGGACGAGGACACUGCAGGUGACGUCGAUUGUUUUUGCACAAAAUAUUUAAGGUGUAAAGGUCAAAAGAAAGUCAUAUUUACCAACUCCGAUGUAUUUCAAUAAAGCGGAGGGCUGUUACCAAGGA